CAGCUUGACUGGCUGCUGCCACGGACUGUUGGCCGCUGUGUGUUGGGACCGUGUGUGUUUGGACUUGGCUACGACGAUUUUGCAAUUUUGGCCAAUACGUUGCGUUUCAGUAAGAAAAGCGUCGCCUAACGGUUUAGUACGUACGCUUUGCGUUUUAAGUUGGGGUAAUUUUGCGGUUUGUUCGUGCGUUCGUAGUUUUAUCACACGAUAUCAAAGGAAAUAUAAAUAAUGCAUUGUAAUUGAAAAUCGCCAGCAAACGAAAAAAAAACAAAAAAGAAAAUAUACAUACAUACUCAUAAAUAAACAAAAGAAGGCGUAAUAAUGAAUGGCAUGAUGACAGCGCGUAAAAGUAACACUUGACUGAAGUUUCAGAAUACACGCUGCAUUGAAAGCGAGCGCAACAGACAAAUUAAAAAUUAAAAGCCAGUAAGUUUCAUAAAAGCCGCCAUAACAACUGCAGCGGCUGACCGGCAAAGCGGCAGCACUUGCGGUGUGAAAAAGCGCCAGAAACAACGCGAACGCUCCGGCAUUUCACAUUAACACGCGCCGAGUGCUGACAGUGAUUAGUGACAGCUGAUGGUGAUGACGUGGUGUUACGAUUUGUAGCACAGGGAAAAAAAUACUUGAAAGUGUACGCGGCGCGUUUACAGUUAAGAGACGGUUUUUUGUAUUUUCAAAGAAAAAUAAUAAAAAGAAAAAGAAAAUUUCAAAAAGCAGUGUUGAGAAAAAUUUCAUUUCCAUAUAUAACCACGGUAAACUUAUAUAAUUUAAUAUAAAUAAAAGCGAGCAGAGCGUAUAUAAAUAUUUGUUGCAUUUGGUGGAGGCGGUGCGUAUACGUAACAUUGCGAACUACAGCUUCCUUCCGGUUGAAUGACCAUAUAAAACGCGGCAAUGUUGUUGCCCUCGUUAUAUAUAUAUGUGUAGAAAAGUAACAGUUGUGAGUGUAUACACAGUGCUUGUGCGAGAAAGUGAGUGAGAAACCUAAGCGAAUAAGCGAAAAGCGUAGGAAGGCAGAUGCAGUGUUAGCUAAGGCAACAAGCAACCUAGAAAAUACGGCGGAAAAGCUAGCAGACACACACACACACAAACUAAGUACAUAGUGGUCUACACAUUUGAAGUAUAUACACGUGGGUAUGUACAUGUGUGCCAUAAAAGUCAAGCUAACGAGUGCAAGUAGGAACGAAUAACUGUAUGCGCCACGCUCGUUGCAAGUCAAGAUACAUGCCACAGCCAGUGCCAGGCAGCAAUUGAAAACCGAAAGAAAAGUGAAAAUUCUAUUGUAUGCGAAUGUAAAACGGGUCGAGAAAGAAUCGCAAACGACACACACGCACACAUACACACAGACAGAAAAAUAUUGGUAAAAUUGUCAUUAUAAAUCUAACGUCGCAGACGCUCGGCAAACGAAAAUUCAGACAAAAAAACAAUAGAAAAGCAAUAAGUGUAAGAAAGUGAGGUGUUGGUGCGACAGUUGGAGCAGCGGCGGCAGCAGACGACAGCAGAUUUUACGCUCAAAGUGCUAUAAAUUAACGUACGACGACCUUAAACGAAGUUCAGACAGCCAAAAGCAAAGGACAGCAGCCGUAGACGCCCACAACUAAGCCGGUUGCAAGCGCUGCAGUGACGGUGUGUGUGUGCAGAAGAAGUAGCAGCAGCAUUUUAGCAACAGAUUUACCUUGCAAGCUGGUGUUGCGCCAGCGACGGAGCCGCCGACGCCGUUUGUUGACACUCUCACCAAAGAUAAAUCAAUAAGUGGAAAAGUACAAGUGCAACCACAUAUACCCACACACACACGCAUACAUAUAAAGAUUAUACACUCUUGGUGCACAUAUUAAAAUCACAAACUCACACAGACACACAUGCAACGGGCGAGUGGUGUGCCCGUGCAGCAGUAUUUAGUGCAAAAGUAGCAGCAGCCGCAAAAUAUUUGAAUUGCUUCGGAAACCAAACGUCCAGGCGCGCCAAAACCAGUCGGCCACUCAGCCACUCAGCAAGCCAGCCAGCCAGUCAGUGGCCUUCAACACCGCACCGCACCGCACCACAUCAACUAAGCAGCAACGUCCACUUUUGUUUUUAAUAGUGUCAAACAAACGGGCGCCCAGUUGUCGCCAAGCGAACGAACGACUACUAACCCAGCUAGCUAAGUAGUUGACGCUGCCAGAGUACAGCAGCAACGGCAAUAGCAGUUGUUUUAAAAGUUUUCGAGUAGCAACCGGCAAAAUUCAUUCGCAAAUUAUGCUGGCCAUGUCAACACUGAUGAUGCCAGCUCCCACCAUAGCGAUGGGGGCGCCGCCGCCGAUUACAAUGGGACCACAUAAGCCACCGGAAACGAAACUGCUCGCCAUACAUCCGGCAGCUGUUGCGGCAAAUGGAGCUGGUGGCGUCGGCCAGCAGUCGCAUUUACAGCAUAACGGUCAGCAUCCGCAGUCACAACAGCAACAGCUGCCACCGAAUCAGCAGCAACAGCAAUCCCAGCAGACGCAGCAACAGCAACAAAUCUCAGCCGGCAAUAAUAAUAGCAACAAGCCAGAGCAAUUUCACAUUUUCGUUGGUGAUUUAAGUGCAGAAAUCGAAACGCAACAAUUGAAAGAUGCGUUCACGCCCUUUGGAGAAAUAUCAGACUGCAGAGUGGUGCGCGAUCCACAAACGCUAAAAUCGAAAGGAUACGGUUUUGUGUCGUUUGUGAAGAAAUCGGAAGCGGAAAAUGCCAUUACCGCCAUGAAUGGUCAGUGGUUGGGCUCUCGGUCGAUACGCACGAAUUGGGCCACAAGAAAACCGCCGGCGACAAAAUUGGAUGUUAAUGCCAAACCUUUAACCUUCGAUGAGGUGUACAACCAAAGCAGCCCCACUAAUUGCACCGUCUAUUGUGGUGGCAUCAAUGGCGCAUUGUCCGGCUUUCUAAACGAGGAUAUUUUGCAGAAAACUUUCUCUCCCUAUGGCACAAUUCAGGAGAUAAGGGUGUUCAAGGACAAAGGAUAUGCAUUUGUGCGUUUCUCCACCAAAGAGGCCGCCACCCAUGCCAUCGUCGGCGUACACAAUACCGAAAUCAAUCAACAGCCAGUAAAGUGUGCGUGGGGCAAAGAGAGCGGCGACCCCAAUCACAUGUCGGCCAUCGCCGGGCAAGCACUAAGCCCCGGCUUCCCAUUCGGCACAGCAGCAGCGGCGGCAGCGGCAGCCGCAUAUGGGCAACAAGUGGCCGGCUAUUGGUAUCCACCAGCACCGACAUAUCCCACAGCUGCGCCCACGCCCGCCAACGCCCUACAACCGGGACAAUUUUUGCAAGGCAUGCAAGGAUUUACAACCUACGGUCAGUUUGCUGGCUACCAACAAGGAUAUAUGGGCAUGGGCGUGCAGAUUCCCGGCACCUGGCAAAGUGUGCCACCACAAGCGCCGUUAGCGGGCGCCACCGCUCCACAAAUUGCACAAAGCGUCGGCAGCGGUCUGCCACAAGCCACCGGCGUUGUCGCCUAUCCCAUGCAACAGUUUCAGGUUAGUCCACAGCUUGCUGAAGACGAAUGGCUAGCACCGAGCCUGCUAGUGUAGCUGCCAUGAUGGCCCGCAUUUGCAACAACAAAUGGAGCAACAAAUGCUGCUACCGCUGCAGCAACCACAACAACAUUAUGUGCCUGCACCAAAGUCACUGUAGCACCGCCCAUACAGGCGCCGCUGCCAACAGCUAUUGCACCGAUAGCGGCAACCGCGACAACAACAACAAAUGCUGCGGGUACCGCUAUAUUGGCGGUGCAACCGCAAAAUGCAGUGCAACAACAACACCUAGCGCAUUAUCA